GGGAAAUGCUUUCAAAGGAGGCUGAAACAGUUUGGAGAGUCAGUGAGGAUGGAGGUGUAGCUCCUCUUUCCAUAGGAUUUCUUAGCUGCCAUUCUAACUGCCAAGGGUCAAUUGCAACAUCUGGUGAGAGGAUAUUUUGUUUUACCCUGCACCUCACUGCACAAUGAUUUGGUGACAGUAUAUUAAAUACUUUAGCAGGUCUGGGUGAUUUUAAUUGUCAGGAACCAUGGCAACAACAGCUCUGACCGGCUUCUCCAUGAUGAGCCUGCUCAGCCUCGGGUACCUCACCUGGGAUUUCAUGAGCCCUAACCAGUUGGAAAACGAGCCUGACCAAACGUUUAUUGACAGGUCUCCUGUCCCGCAGCCUCCUCACAUCAUUUUCAUAAUGACAGACGACCAGGGCUUCAACGACAUCGGCUACCAUAGCUCUGACAUAAAGACACCGGUGCUGGAUAAACUGGCUGCAGAUGGAGUGAAGCUGGAGAACUACUACAUCCAACCCAUCUGCACCCCGUCCCGAAGUCAACUCAUCAUGGGCAGGUACCAAAUUCAUACUGGUCUCCAGCACUCCAUCAUCCGUCCCCGGCAGCCCAACUGCCUGCCCUUUGACCAGGUCACCCUCCCUCAGAGGCUACAGGAGCUCGGCUACUCCACCCACAUGGUAGGAAAGUGGCACCUGGGCUUCUACAAGAAGGAGUGUUUGCCCACUCGCCGUGGCUUUGACACGUAUUUUGGUUCCUUAACUGGCAGUGUGAACUACUACACCUAUGACUCCUGUGAUGGCCCUGGCCUGUGUGGCUUUGACCUCCACGAGGGGGAGUCAGUCGCCUGGGGUCAGAGGGGUAAAUACUCUACCCAUUUGUACACACAGAGGGUGCGCAAGAUCCUGGCAACCCACGAUCCUCACUCCCACCCACUGUUCAUCUUCCUCUCCUUCCAAGCUGUUCACACACCCCUACAGUCUCCGCGGGAGUAUAUCUACCCGUACCGCGGGUUGGAAAAUGUAGCACGCAGGAAGUAUGCGGCCAUGGUCUCCGUUGUCGAUGAGGCGGUCCGAAACAUAACGUAUGCUCUGCGCAAGUAUGGAUACUAUCAGAACAGUGUCAUCAUCUUCUCUACUGACAACGGUGGACAGCCCUUGUCUGGUGGCAGUAAUUGGCCUCUCAGAGGACGCAAAGGCACCUACUGGGAAGGUGGCAUCCGGGGUCUGGGGUUUGUCCACAGCCCUCUGCUGCGGAAGAAGAGGAGAGUGAGUAAAGCUCUGGUGCACAUCACUGACUGGUACCCUACACUGGUGGGAUUAGCAGGAGGCAAUGCAUCCCUGACAGAAGGUCUUGAUGGGUAUAAUGUUUGGGAAGCCAUUAGUGAAGGGAAGGAGUCCCCCAGAUUGGAGAUCCUCCACAACAUUGACCCUCUGUACAACCAUGCACGCAGUGGCUCCCUGCAGAAAGGAUAUGGGAUUUGGAAUACAGCCAUUCAGGCCUCCAUACGAGCUGGAGACUGGAAACUUCUCACAGGAGACCCUGGUUAUGGAGACUGGAUCCCGCCACAGAUGCUUCCAGGUUUCCCUGGGAGCUGGUGGACCCUGGAGCGCCACACUCAACCUCGCAAGUCAAUGUGGCUUUUCAACAUCUCCGGGGACCCCUACGAGCGUUUUGACCUCUCUGAGCAGAGACCAGAUGUUGUGAAAGAGCUGCUGGCCAGACUGGUGUACUACAACCGCACGUCAGUGCCGGUAAGAUACCCAUCAGAGGACCCACGGGCUGAACCCCACCUCAAUGGAGGUGCCUGGGUCCCCUGGGUGGGAGAUGAGGAGGAGGACAGGUGGGACAGUGUUUACCGGAAAAAGAACAUGGAUUGGAAGAAGAAGCUCAAGCUGUCCAAAAGCAGGUCAUUUUUUAGGAGACUCAACACUAGGAUCAUGUCCGACAGAAUAUAGAAAGGUCUUGACUGUUGAAUCAACAAUGGUUGUGUUUGUUUGAACAUUUGAAGUUUAUCCAAGCUCAAGCUGCUCUUACUGCGCAGUUGUUGAAAGCAUAUGUUCAGUUUCUCUAAAAGAACUGAUCAUUAUCUUUUUGGCAUCUGUUUGAAUAGAAAAAUGUGUCCCUAAACUGAAUAGUAUAAAUUCAGAAGAUGAUACAAGUAUGUAAGCAAAUGUUUUUGUUUUUUUAAUCAUACAAGGAGACUGUGAUCUUUAUAAGAUGGGGUUGUUUAAGAAAAUGUGUGUAUUGGAUGAGGAUGACUAGAUGACAUUGAGAAAUCCUCAGAAACCAUUUGUAACUUCAGUUAAUAUAAAUGACUACCUCUCUAUCAAUGUGACAUUUGUAGCAAGACUUAUUUCUUUCAUUCAAACUUGACUACCUCUAUUUGAGGGUUUACACUUUUUGUUUUUGUUUUUUUUUUUCAAAAAAAGAGGAACAAUGAAACUGAGCCCUUGAGCAACUCUGACUUUUUUUCUGUCUUCAUCCAAUUAUAACAAUAACUAUAACAGAAAAAAAUAAUACUUAAUAGAUAAUACUGAAUUAAAUCAAUACAAAAACAUGAUCUGACUGACCCACGUUUUCAACGAUACUUCCUGACCUUCAAUCUUUGAAACACAUGUUUGGACUACGUCGUCCUGCUAACACUAUUUAGCUAUGGUCAUGUUUCCCGGACACCUGAUGAUGAUCCCAGAGGGUAUCAAUGGCUUACACACUCCUAUAAAUCUGAUUGAAAAUUCAUUGCG